AUGCACAUACAGGUUCUUGGUACUGAUGAACUAGCCCCCGGGGCUAUGUUUUUUGGUACUGAUGAACUAAAUGUGUACCUAAACAAGUAUCGACUAGAGCUUGAUCCACAGCUUGAUGCUCUCGUUGGAAGGCACAGCAGAAAACCAUGGUCUAAAUUCAUUAAUGCUGACAAUCAACACCUUGUUUCUCCAGAGGCAAUAGAUUUUCUUGAUAAACUCCUGCGAUACGUUCAUCAGGAUAGGCUCACUGCACGAGAAGCAAUGGUAUCAUCUGAAUUUAUGUUCAUUUACUACAGUCCUUUCCUUGUAUCAUUAAAAUAGCUGGGGCUAAGAUAAUUUUAAGCCAUCACCCCCUGAAAUAUGAUAAAGAAUGAAGCUUUAGUUAUAGAAGGGUAGUUAAGGAUGGAUUGACAUGUUCAAGGGUUAUUCAGAAUUUCUUGGUCAUCUGUGUCCUCAAUUUGAAGUACACUUCAGAGAUCUGAAAGAACUGGCCAAAUGCUUUAUCAUUAUUCAUUGUUAUAGAUGCCCUGAACUCUGGCAAGCAAACAACCACAAUAUACAUAUACAUAUUUUAGAGAAAAGUCAUGUGAGAUUGGCAGUAACAUGCUCAAUAUAUCCAUAUUUUCUUCAAGUAAGAGCAGCAGAGAAUAGUAGGAUGCGGAUCCAGUAAAAGUGUCAUGCGGACUAGUUGAAAGGGAAUUUGGGUUGUAGAUUAUUCAGAUUAUGACAUUGCGUUGGAGCAUCUUUUAUCAUGACCCCCAAGCACUCGGAUGGCGUGUGUAGUUCUCUCUUUCAUGCCACUGAUUUAAUUGUGUUGGUGUCUGAGUUUUGUUUAGAGGUGACAAAAUAUUCUAUCUUUCGUAGCAUCACGAACAACUUUGUUUGGCUAUGCAAUAGUUUAGUUUGGUAUGCCAAAAAUGAAGAGAAGUAAAUACCUAAUAUCUAGUUAAUCAACAAAAUAAUCUCUUUGUUAAGUAGCCCAAUAGCAAAGAGGAUAAAUAUAAUGGCUGUGCCAUUAAGUUGAUACACGAUAUGGUUGGUCAAAACAGAACUUCAGAAUGGAGAACCUAGAACUCUAUUAUUUUCUAUUUUAAGGUCAUGAUAACUUUUUGAUUAGUUCUGCGUGCUUAUUGUUUUACAACUUUUACAAAAGGUAGAUCCGCUACCUUAGCGGCCCCCCUAGUGCCGGCCCCACGGAUAUGGAGGGAGGUUCAUGCAGGUACACAGGCCAUAGGCGCAUGGCGGGGUAAACCUCAGGUCGUCAGUUCCUGAGAAUCGACCCCUGGCCAUUACGCCAGAGAUACCAUGCGCCCACCGUCUGUGCUACGCCCUGGGGGCUGUUUUACAACUUUUACAGUUUUGUCUAAUCGGUGCCUUGAUAGCAUCAUUCCUGUCUGGGGCUGUUUGACUCCAACACCAAGUAUUUUUUUCCUAAUUUUAAUAUUUUGAAAUGAUAAAUUUUAAGUGUUAUUUAACAUGUUC